AAAAUUGACUUUAUCAGUAUUCUUAGCUGUGACGGUGGAUCUAUUUCUCCACUUCUAAAAAUUGGAACUUUGGCGUUCUGUGUGUGGCAUCUCAACUUUUAAAAAAAAAAACAAAUUAAAAGAAGAGAAAAUUUGGAGCUUUUGAUUUUUUCUAGUGGCUUGUGCAAUUUUUUCUCUUGGUAGAGAAAUUGAAGAUGGGCAGAGCUUAAUGUUGUUAACAAUUUGGUCAAUUUUGGCCUGUAAGUUCAAUUUAUAGUUUCUAAUGGUUCCCUUCAGUAUUUCUGAGUUAUAUCUUCAAAUUUUAUGUUUAGAAGAGGAAAUUUAUUAGGGUUUUCUUCUUGUCAUGGCUAGAGCUCCGUCAUCUAUUGUUAUCUUUCUUCGCCAAAGCCCCAGUAGGUAUAACUCUAGUACCCAGACUAGAAAACUUAACAUAGAAUGUAAAGAUGCUGACUUCAAUAGAUAUGGACUUAACCUAAAUCAGAAUGAAGAAGUUUUUCAUAGCGUAAAGCAGCAUUUUACUGAUGUAGCUAAAGAAGUUGCUCAGAUCACAAGAACAAAAGCCAGAUGGGAGCAAACUUUAUUGUCAGAUUUCCCUUCUUUUAAUUUAACUGAUCCCCAGUUCUUCUUUGAGGUUUUGAAGCACCAAAAUAAUGUUUUUCUUUCAUUUAAGUUCUUUCAUUCGCUGCGGUCGCAUUCUAGUUUUGUGCCUGACCAAGUGUCCUGCAAUAUGCUUUUUGAUUCACUUUUAGAGGCUAAGGCUUGUCGUGAAGCUAAUGUUUGUGAGGGUGGAUUGGUUCAGGAUGCAGUUGAUGUGUUUGUGAAGUUUAAAGACACUAGUGCGUUUCCAUCAAUAGUGACAUGGAAUUCUGCUUUAUUGGGUUGUCUUAAUGUUGGAAACAAUGAUCUUUUCUGGAAGUUAUAUCAUGAUAUGCUAAGAGCUGGAGCUGUGGCAGAUAUUGAAACUGUUGAAUCUUUUUGUAGUGAUGGUCAAGUUCUGAAGGGUUAUGAACUUCUCAGAGAGGUGUUGGAAAAUGGGUUAGUCCCUAGAAAUGUGGCUUUCAAUGCAUUGAUAUCUGGGUUUUGUGAGCAGAGAAACUUUAGUAGAGUGUCCGAGCUUCUACACAUAAUUAUUGCCAAGAAUUGUACUCCCGAUAUUUAUAGAUAUCAGGAAGUCAUCCAUGGACUUUGCAAGAGUAAAAUGUCACUCGAGGCUUUCAGAGUUUUCAAAGAUCUUAAAGACAGAGGUUAUGCCCUGAAUAGGGUCGUGUACACAAUGAGCUACUGGCACAUGGUUUACAGCCAUCGACUUUAUCCUACAUUCCUUUUAUUCGGAAGCUAUGUGAAGUGGGAGACGUGAAAGAAGCAAAACAGCUGUGGAAUGAUAUGCAAAACAGGGGUCUGAAGCCAAUGGCCUGUGAUUAUGAUCAUUUUAUUACUGCAUUAUAUGAGUAAAAUUAUCUGACAGAGAGGACUGAAUGGCUAGUUGCCAUGCUGAAGAAUUAAACUUGCACCACAGUGGACAACUUUUGAGAUAUUUGCUCAGCGCCAUUUGCAAGGUGAAUUAGAUGAUUCUUUGUUUGUUUUAGAUGACAUGUUUGGGAUGGGUUAGUCUCUUGAAAUAGGCAAAUGCAACUUCUUGGUUGAUAAACUCUGAGGAGAGAAUACCGCACCUUCCGAAACAUGCCUAGACAGGAUACGAGAAAGACAUUAGACCGGGCAUUCUGGAUCCCCUUUUUUGUUACUUGUACGAAGAAGAAGAAACAUACAAUUUUCCUCCCAAAUGAUUCGUUUAAAUGUCUAAGAAGUUUUCCCUCUAGAGUUAUCAAUAACAAAUAUUAGAGUUGUUUGAUA